UUUCCUUUUUGGUUCACUCCUUUCCCUCACUGCAAUGAGUAGUGGUAGUAAGAAGAGGUUCAUUCCUAUUAGUCUGGAAGAGGCUGCAAUGGACAUGUUAAACCAUCUCUUGAAGGUGAAGGAGAAGGCCACGGUUUCAUUCUUCGUUCCUCUCAUUUUGAUAGCUUGGGCUAUUCACAAAUGGCUCUUCUCUUUCUCCAAUUGGCUUCCUCUUGCACUUGCUCUAUGGGCAUCUAUUCAAUAUGGGAGUUAUCAGCGCAAAAUACUUGAGGAGGACUUGUAUAAGAAAUGGAAUCGGAUCAUACUCAACACCUCGCCCGUCACACCUUUGGAACACAGUGAGUGGUUGAAUCUGCUGUUGACACAAAUCUGGUCCAGCUAUUUUAACCCAAAGCUCUCAAAAAGGUUAUCAGCCAUAGUCGAGAAACGUUUAAAGCUCCGAAGACCAAGAUUUAUAGAAAGAGUUGAGGUGCAGGAGUUUUCACUUGGAUCAUGCCCUCCAAGUUUAGGUCUUCAAGGGAUGCGGUGGUCAACUUCUGGUGGUCAGCGAGUCCUUAAAAUGGCUUUUGAUUGGGACACGAGUGAAAUGAGCAUUUUAAUGCUUGCUAAGCUUGCAGCUGGUCUUGGAACUGCCCGAAUUGUGAUUAAUAGUCUUCAUAUCAAGGGUGAUCUUCUCGUGACACCAAUUCUAGAUGGAAAAGCUCUUCUGUAUUCAUUUUUAUCGACACCUGAGGUUAGAAUAGGUGUUGCCUUUGGAAGCGGUGGAAGCCAAUCGGCCACUGAGUUGCCUGGUGUUUCUCCUUGGCUGGUUAAACUUUUUACUGACACCUUGGUUAAAACCAUGGUUGAACCUCGGCGCCGUUGUUUCUCUUUGCCUGCAGUUAAUUUAAGGAAAAAUGCUGUCGCAGGCAUUAUAUAUGUUUCAGUAAUUUCAGCAAACAAACUUUCUAGGAGUUGCUUCAAGGGGAGUCCGUCUAGGACGCAACAUAAUGGCACAAACAAUGGGUGUUUAGAAGACAAGUUGGAUGAUAAGGACCUACAAACAUUUGUAGAGGUAGAAGUAGAGGAACUGACAAGGAGGACAGGUAUGAGCCUUGGUUCAACUCCAAGAUGGGAUGCGACAUUUAAUAUGGUUUUACAUGAUAGUACAGGAAUUGUUCGCUUCAAUCUUUAUGCGUGCCCCACUAGCGGCGUGAAGUGUGACUUCCUAGCAAGUUGUGAAAUUAAGAUGAGGCAUGUUGAAGAUGAUUCAACAAUAAUGUGGGCAAUAGGGCCUGACUCUGGUGUCAUAGCAAAGCAUGCAAUGGUUUGUGGAGAUGAAGUUGAAAUGAUUGUCCCAUUUGAGGGGGCCAACUCAGGAGAGUUAAAGGCGAGAAUUGUAGUAAAAGAGUGGCAAUUUUCUGAUGGUUCGCAUAGCUUGAACAAUCUCCAUUCUAGCUCUCAACAAUCACUUAAUGGAUCGUCACUUUUGUCAAGAACUGGAAGGAAACUUAAGAUAACUGUUGUGGAAGCAAAGGAUCUUGCUGCAAAAGACAAAUUUGGAAAAUUUGAGCCAUACAUUAAAUUGCAGUAUGGAAAGGUUGUCAAGAGAACAAAGAUUGCUCCUGCUCCUACUCCUCCAAAUCCUGCGUGGAAUGAUUCAUUUGAAUUUGAUGAGAAUGGUGGUGAUGAAUACCUAAGUGUAAAAUGCUUUAGUGAAGAAAUUUUCGGAGAUGAAAACAUUGGUAGUGCACAUGUAAAUUUGGAAGGACUGGUGGACGGUUCAAUCAAGGAUGUAUGGAUCCCUCUUGAAGGAGUGAGUUCUGGUGAAUUAAGACUUAUAAUAGAAGUAGUUAGGGUGGACGACCUAGAAGGAUCAAAGGGUUCAGCUUUGGGCUCGGGCAAUGGUUGGAUAGAACUUGUUCUGAUUGAAGCAAGGGAUCUUGUUGCUGCCGAUCUUCGAGGGACAAGUGAUCCUUUUGUGAGGGUAGACUAUGGAAACUUGAAGAAAAGGACAAAGGUAAUACACAAAACUCUCAACCCUCGUUGGAACCAGACCUUAGAGUUCCCUGACAAUGGCAGUCCCCUGGUACUGCGUGUUCAGGACUAUAAUGCUUUACUACCCACAUCAAGUAUAGGUGAAUGUGCUGUAGAAUAUCAAAGUUUGCCUCCAAACCAGAUGUUUGACAAGUGGAUACCUCUCCAAGGGGUAAAAAAUGGUGAGAUCCACAUCCAAAUUACAAGAAAAGUUCCAGAGAUGAAAGUGAGACAUAUUCCAGACUCUGAACCUUCGUUAAGUAAACUACACCAAAUUCCUAGCGAGAUAAAGGAGAUGAGGAAAAAGCUUCGGUCUUUAAUAGAGGAUGAAAAUCUUGAAGGACUGUCAACAACUUUGAGUGAGCUAGAAACUCUACAGGAUACACAGGAAGGGUAUAUAACUCAGUUGGAGACUGAGCAAAUGCUUCUCCUCAGCAAAAUAAAUGAUCUGGGCCAGGAAAUCAUCAAUUCUUCUCCUUCCCUCACCAAUUAUCCUUCUCGAAGUGGAAGUUGACCCUCAUCACCUUCAUCUACUUAACGUUAUUAUUAGUUGAUAUUUCAUUUGCCAUAUAGCUUAUGGGAAUCACUAGGAACAAUUUUUGUACAUGUUUAUGCAAGUCUUGUGUAGUUGCCCUGCUGUAGAUAUCUAUGG